AUGCCCAAAGACAUUGAAUCGAUAGCUUAAGAAACUGUUAGUAAUUAACAAAAUGAAACUUCUGUUCAGACUAAUUAAACUUUUGAAGAGUUACAAAAUAAAUCAAUUUCUGAAUCAGAAGCAGUAACCUCUGAAGCAGAGAUAAUUAGAGAAGAUUUCAAUAUUCUUAACUUGAAAUCAAGCUACAAAUCAUCAUCAAGAUCAACUUACAAGUAUCCUUCUAGAUAUUCUUCCUACAGCACUUAUAAACCAGCUUACAAGCCCUCUUACUAUACUAACACCUAUUCUUACAAACCAACAAUUACUUAAACCUACACUUACAAACCAGCAAAUACUUAUACCUACACCUAUAGCUACAAUGGGGUUUAAUCAGACUAUCAAGAACAAUAUGAUCAACCAAUGGUCAAUUCCACUCAAAAUGUUAGUGAAAAUGUGGAUUCUGUUAGUUAGCUUCAAGAUGCUUAAGUACUUAAAUCAUACAGAAGAAGUUCUUAUAGAGGCUAUUAUUCUGGAGGAUCAGUAUCUUCAGGAGCUAUCGCUGGCAUAGUAAUUGGCAGUGUUUGCUUAUGCAGUUUUAUUAUUGGGUGUUAUGUAAAUAAGCAUGAUAAUCAUAAUUCUCAUCAUGAAACUCAUGAUGUCCAUUCCCCAUCUUCUAGCCAUUCUCAUCAUAGUCAUAAACAUGUUCAUAAUUAAAUGCAACCACAAAAUAUAAACGAUGCCUAUCCAAUUUACUAGCAGCCAGAUUUAAGUCAACCACAAGGAUAUCCUCAAGUAUACCCACAAGUAUAUCCUACAGACUAAAACCUUACGUAUUAAUAGCAAAACCAGGCUAUGCCAAAUUAAUAAGAUGAUUAGUCAACCUCAAAAGUUUGA